UCAGAUGUGGUAACAGCACCCGUUUGCAUUAGCAUCAUUGAAGAUGGCGACUGGAGUCCUUCACAGAGUCAGCGGCGGACUGGGUCGGGCUAAAAGCAGGGCCCAGUCAGCUGGACAGCUCGUCUUAUGGAGCAGGGGUUUUGCAACAUCAAGUAGUAAAAACAGACAGGACAGCUGGUUUAAGUCACUGUUUGUGAGGAAAGUCGAUCCCAGGAAAGAUGCACACUCCAACCUACUGACCAAAAAUGAAGAAAGUAAUCUGUACAAAAUUCAGUUCCACAAUGUCAAACCAGAGUGCCUGGAUGCUUACAACAAACUCAAUGAGGAAGUUUUACCCUCUAUCCAUGCUGAUAAGUACUACCCCUGUGAGCUGGUGGGCACCUGGAAUACCUGGUAUGGAGAACAAGACCAGGCUGUUCAUCUGUGGCGUUACAGAGGUGGAUACCCAGCCCUAACAGAGGUGAUGAACAAGCUCAAACAGAACCAGGACUUCACAGCAUACAGGAAGGCGCGUGGUAAGAUGCUGAUGUCUCGCAGAAACCAGCUCCUGCUGGAAUUCAGCUUCUGGAACGAGCCUGUACCUCGAGAGGGUCCCAACAUUUACGAGCUCAGGUCCUACCAGCUCAGGCCAGGGACCAUGAUCGAGUGGGGUAAUUACUGGGCUCGGGCCAUUGGAUACCGGCAGCACAACAGAGAAGCCGUGGGAGGCUUUUUCUCGCAGAUCGGCAACCUCUAUAUGGUUCACCACCUCUGGGCUUACAAAGACCUUCAGUCCAGAGAAGACACGAGAAAUGGGGCCUGGCAGCAAGAAGGAUGGGACGAGGUGGUUUAUUACACAGUUCCCCUCAUUCAGCACAUGGAUUCCAGGAUUAUGAUCCCGACCAAGGCUUCCCCACUACAGUAAAUCAACAAGUGGCAUCCUUUUGAAUGUUACAUACAUCCAGAGCAUCACUAUCGUGGUUUCAACCUCCUGUCGGUGCUGCCAAUCCCCUCUCUGUUCUUGUCUUUGUUUUACUACUUCAGGAUGCCACUAGGACAGAGAGUGGGGGGGUGCUGCCUGCCAUAUAUAAAUUUAUGUAAAAAAAAAAUUAAAAUACUCCAAGCCACUUAAGACACACUCCUCUUACUGUCCUUGUUCUGGAGCAGGAUGAGUUAAUUCGGUUGAUUUAAACCUCCUGAUGGUCGUUACGUCUUACGUCUCAUGCCAUAUUAAAGCCUGGCCACAAAGAGCUCAUCUGAUUUCAAAACCGACCAAAGUUACUUGAAAAGACAAGCAGCUGUGGGAUUUAAGGACAGAACUGCUGAGGAUCACUGCACCGUGCAAGAGCUAUUUAUUUAUUUAAUGUACAUUUAGAAACAUUAGUUUGAAGUGUGCUGGGUUGUGGCAGCCUAGAUGCUUGCCAUGUUAAUUCUGAGUGGAGUGAGAGAAAAAAAUCUGUAUAUUGACAAAAAAGAUCAAGUGUGAAAUGAAUACCUUAUAAUUUUAUAUUUGAUUUAAAUCAAAUGUUUUUGCCAAUUUCACCUUUCAUUUCUGUUUUUCUCUCGUUGUUCCUUGGUUUCUUGUCAUGUUAAUGUUUCUGUUUCAUGGUGCUGUGUUGUAUCUAUGGCCUCUACUUUUUUCUUGUGAAACAACAUGCCUGAUUUUAAAGAUGGUUUUUAUCCAACAUGUUAUAAAGGAAUAGAACUAUCAUGUAAAAACUCUGGAAAAAAUAUCUACGAGUGGCUGAGUGAAUCUGGCACACACUUGUGCUGUUGUAUAUCGAAUAUUCAGAGUUACUGUCAAAGAAAGCAUGUAUAUCUUGUCUUUCUGUUCCUCAGUUCAUGGAGGAAAGUGUUGAAAAUGACAAGAAGGUUACAAGAGAUUAAAGCAACUCAAACAAC